GGGGGGACAAGACAGGGCGAAGGCGCCGGCAAUCGAUUCCCGUCCGCAGUCCGGCUCGGCGUUCGAACAUGGCAGACAAGACUAAGGUUGUGGAACAAUAUUACGCCCCGCCGCCGGAUCUAGGCAAAUGGGAGUCGUUCCGAACCUUCCUGUGGAAUGGAGAAACCGGACAAUUCCUCGGCCGCACGGGAUCGAGUUGGGCAAAGAUCUUGCUGUUCUACCUCAUCUUCUAUGCGGUCCUCGUCGGCUUUUUCGCGGCUAUGCUCGCGAUUUUCUAUCAGACGCUGGAUUCGAAAAUGCCUAAAUGGCAGCUGGACGGGUCUAUAAUCGGCAGUAAUCCAGGUCUCGGCUUCCGACCGAUGCCCGACUCCGCCAACGUUGAGAGCACGCUGAUCUACUACAAGGCUAACGACAAGGGAUCCGUCCUCAAGUGGGCACAGAUCAUCGAUGACUAUUUGGAACAGUACCGCAAGAAGGGCAGUGGCGUUGGCGAGGCGAGUGGCGCUGAGAAUCGCGUCCCCUGCUCCCCCACGAGCGGCGCCACCGGCGAGAAGCAGGUGUGCGACGUGCCCGUCGACGACUUCCACCCCUGCACCUCCGCCAACCAGUACAACUACGAGGAGGCUGGACCCUGCGUCUUCCUCAAGCUUAACAAGAUCUUCAACUGGAUCCCCAAGCCCUACAACAACACUGAGGAGCUGCCUUCCAACAUGCCCGAGGACCUGAAGCAGCACAUCAAGAUGGUCUCCGGCAAGCCGGAGGCGAACACUGUAUGGGUAUCGUGCGAGGGUGAGAACCCCGCUGACGUGGAGAACAUCGGGCCGGUGCAGUACAUACCCCGGCGCGGGUUCCCUGCUUACUACUACCCCUUCACCAACAAGGAGGGCUACCUGAGCCCCCUGGUCGCCGUACUCUUUGAGAAGCCCAGGACUGGUGUCCUGAUCAACAUCGAGUGCAAGGCGUGGGCCAAGAACAUCUUCUACGACCGCUACGAGCGGCGCGGCUCCGUGCACUUCGAGCUGAUGGUGGACCGCGCUUAAGCACCGCACGCUGCCAGUUGGCAACCACGCCGAGCUCUCGGCACACAGCACACACCCGGGACCUUUGAGGAGCCCUCCAUAAUACUCAGAAGGGACUUUCCAACAACCUUUUAAACCUCAAUACAGCUUACCUCCCUUAAAUUUAGCAGGAUACAUAACGCUGUCUCAUAACAAAAGCUUGUGGAAAACCCCUGGUUGGUAACAAGUCAUGUAUCAACGCCACUCGCGUCCUGUGUGCCGAAAGCUUCCCCGCCGAUUGGCCGCCAAGGUCACCAACUGAUCGCCUGCAGGCCAAGGUCACCAAGCCCCCAGUUGGCCAGGUUCUUCAACUUACUGCCAAAUGAUCGUUAGUUGAUCACUAGUCAUGCUAAUUGGUGAUGUCCGGUCCCAACCGGGUAUGUUCGUUGUUUUAAGUGUUGUAAGGUCAUCAUGGUUACCAGUUAGUCGCCAAGGUCGCCAAUUGUUCGCCAGGGCUGCCAAGGUCGUCACGGAGGUCACGCCAGGCCGGCUGCCAAGCGCCAUUAGCAAUAGCCACAUAGUCGGCGAUUAAUUUGUAUUCGUUUUAGAAUAAGCCGAAAGGCGCCACUAAUUUUAAAUAUUGUUUGUCACGCUUCAAAUAAAGUUGAUGAAAUUUAAAAUUAUUGAAUAUUUAUGAAUUAUGUAAUGUUUUCUGGACGGAGAGUCAAUAAACACGCAAUAGUUGGUUCCAAUUUAGGUUUUUU